UGAAAGAAAAACCUGCUUCCGUUGCCUAGCGCGUUGCGACUUGCCAGUUCACCGGGUACUCACUUUCCCGCCGGUUAGAAAAUUUCCGUUGAAAACAUGCCUUCAAAAAGUGCAAAAUUUCAACCGCUCCCGACGUCGGACGCUACCACAAAAGCCGAAGAAGCCGACCCCGACUACCUGUGCGGAAUCUUUAAUUACAGGCCACGAUGGAUGCAGCGAUUUGCGAGAACUCAGUACUUCCUAGUGUGCUACAUCGUCUACGGCGUGUUCCAGGGAGCUCUCAAGGCCUACCUCAACGGCUGCAUAACAACCAUAGAACGCAAGUUCGCACUCACCGGUAAAAUGUUCAGCGUCAUACUGAUCGCGGACAAUGUGAGUUCUCUGUUCGCCAGCCUUUUGAUUGGUUACUAUGCCCGUAAAGUGAGUAGACCCAGGAUGAUAACGUUCUCUGUCUCAAUGUCUGUCCUGGGCUGCGUGCUAGCGGCCCUGCCAUAUUUCAUCUACGGACCCGGUUUCAUCGGUGACUCUCAAGGACAACCGGCUCUCCAAGGAGAGGAACAAGCGUACCAGGUGAUCGCGGAUUCUAGGAAGGAGUUCUGCAGCAGUACGGAUAGCAAUGAAGCAGCUGUGGCUCGCGACCAAUCACCAGCUGCCAGUGCCAUACUUGCCGUGUGCAUUCUCUUCCUUGCGAAUUUCUUGAACGGCUUCGGUGGAGCAGCUUUCUACAUAUCAGGCACAACCUACACGGACGACAACGCUAAGAAGACUGAUUCGAUCGUCUAUUUUAGCUUUGUGUUCUCACUCCGAUUUCUGGGCCCUAUGCUUGGGUAUGUUAUGGCAUCGGUGUGUCUCCGGAUUUACGAGUCCCCGUUUGAGACUCCAAGCAUCACAGCAAAACAUCCGAAGUGGAUUGGAGCGUGGUGGCUGGGAUUUAUCCUGUGGGGUGUAUCACUUGUCAUCGUUUCGCUGCCCAUGUCACUCUUCCCAAAACACAUAAGGCGACAGUCACGCUCGCUCGACAAGCAAGAGAUGCAGAAGGCUUCCUCUUCGGAGUUGACACCUGACACUUUCAGAGAAAAAGUCGCCGGUGAUUUUGCAGAAUUCCGGCGGUCAUUCGCAAGGCUAUGCAAAAAUCCUGUCCUCAUGUGGAAGAUUGCAACCAUGAUGUUUGUCUACAACGGUAUUGGGGGCUACAUUACUAUGUUCCCUAAGUACGUCGAAAUACACUACCGGGUGUCGGCUUCAAAUGCAAGCCUUUUUACAGGUCCGACAAAGAUUCUGGCCAUGAUGCUGGGAAUGUUUCUCGGUGGUCUUAUGAUCAGAUUCUUAAAACCUAAGGCCCGUACCAUAGCCCUCAUGGAGGCAGCCAGUGACCUUAUUGAAAUCAGCUUCCUCAUUGCUGGCAUGUCCCUUUCCUGUUCGGGCUGGCAGCUUGCUGGAACCAGCAUGAGCACUUCUAACAGUCUGUCUAUAACCAACGACUGCAACAAGGACUGUGGCUGUACAGGCAGUUCCUUUCAGCCAGUGUGCCACGUUUUAGAAAAAGCGACGUAUUUUUCGCCUUGCGCAGCUGGCUGCUCCCAAGACAGAAAUGGAACAAUGCACUGCAGCUGUCUGAUGAACAACAGCACCACUGAAGAUGCUGUGGUGACGGACGGCUUCUGUGAAUUCGGAUGCGACAGCCUUUUCAUCCUUGUCGCCCUGACCAGCGUCAGCAAACUCUUGGCACAACUACCGAGGGUCGGAGGAGUGAUUGUCAGUUUCAGAUGCGUUGAUCCAGCGGACAAAGGCCUUGCAGUAGGAAUGAUUGGAGCGGCAUUUAAUCUGCUAGCCGCCGUGCCGUACCCGCUGAUCUACUCCGCGCUGUUCGACGCGACAUGCAUUGUGUGGGACGAGCGCGGCGGCCACCGAGGCAACUGCUCGUUCUACGACGCGGACAAGCUGCGCAUCCUCUUCCACGGCGUGACCAUAGCGUUCCUGAGCCUUGGCCUCCUCAGCAACCUGAUGGUCUCCUACUACAGCAAGCGUGUCACCAACUUGUACGGGGAAGCGGACGCCCGUGCGGAGGAGACCGCCGCUGCCGCGUCCGUGUGGGACGACAACUGCCUACGCAUGGUCGAACUGGACGAAGACGCCAUGCGCAAGAUGACUGCCGAGGGAGAGAAACCAGCGCAGCAGCAAGUGCGCUGCUGACAGGAGUUCCCUCUCGCCUACUGAGAAAUUGGCCUCAUCUGUGAUGGACUCACUCUGUGAUGGCAUAAAAUGCACGGCGGGAAAGUGAACGUAGCUAGGUAGCUAUACGAAACUGUUCAAACCGCUGUAUAAAAGGAAGAAGGACAGAUACGUUUGAAAAGGCGGUAAUUGAUAGAUAUUUGGUUGUGCGUUGCUGACAUUUAGGUUCGCUGUCUUGGGGCACUAUAGUUGACACAGGAAAAUUGAACCGGUACACGAGGAGCGCGCUUCCUGCGUAUCGUCUUGAGUUUUCCUCGUGGUAUUUCGUAUCCAAAUACAGCGCGCCUAAUAGUAUAUAAGACACAUUUAUUAAAAAAGAAGAACUAGAACAGAAAAGCAGACAAGUUGACUCCAAAAUUUGGGAUCGACUACUCAAUCUUCUAAACUAUGGUAUUCAAACGGUGACCAUUAUUGCAAUAAAAUAUGUCAUAAAUAA